AUAGUUGACUAACGGGAGCCAGAGGGAAGAGAGAGAGAGAGAGCCGUCUUCGGGCGACUCACCGUCUCCUCCUCUAUCUUCUCCUCCUUCCUUCCUCCCUCUCCCUUAUCGCCGACCCAAUCUCGACCUCCUUCGUUCUCCCAAAUCGAAGCGGAGAGGGACAGAGAUCGGGGAUCUGUGCUUCCGUUUCACCGCUCGAUCCGACAAGAUGCAGACGGGUUCCGAGAAGGCGUCGCCGCUCGAUCUCUUGUCGGCCGUCGUCGCCUCCCUUUCCGGGGGAGAUGGGCUCGCUUCCGGCGCCGGGGAUGCCUUCGCGGAGAACCGGCUGCUGAUCGCCGUCCUCAGCACCGUCGUCGCCGUGCUCGUCGGUUGCGUGGCGAUAUUCUUCGUCUGGCGAUCGAGCGGGAGGAAGCCCGCCGAGCCGCCGAAGCCGCUGGUGGUGAAGACCCAGAUGGAUGCGGAGGAGGAGGACCAAGGGAAGAAGAAGGUCACCGUCUUCUUCGGGACGCAGACCGGGACGGCUGAGGGGUUCGCGAAGGCGCUGGCUGAGGAGGCAAAGGCACGGUACCCUAAUGCCAUAUUUAAAGUCGUGGAUAUCGACGAAUAUGCUGCUGAGGAUGAUGAGUACGAGGAGAACCUGAAAAAGGAGAGCUUGGCUUUGUUCUUCUUGGCUACGUAUGGAGAUGGUGAGCCUACUGAUAAUGCUGCCCGGUUCUACAAAUGGUUUACAGAGGGGAAAGAGAGAGGAAUCUGGUUGGAAAAUCUUCAAUUUGGCGUGUUUGGUUUGGGCAAUCGGCAAUAUGAACAUUUUAAUAAGGUUGCUGUGGUGGUCGAUGAACUGCUUCAUGAGCAAGGCGCCAAGCACAUUGUCCAAGUGGGGUUGGGAGAUGAUGAUCAGUGUAUUGAGGAUGACUUCUCUGCAUGGAGGGAGCUUCUUUGGCCGGAGUUGGAUAAGUUGCUUCAGGAUGAAAAUGAGACAGGUGCAUCUACUCCUUAUACAGCUGCCAUUCCUGAAUACGGGUUGUGUUGUCAAGCCUGA